CGGCCGGCGGGCGCGGGGCGGCGCUGGGCAGGGAGGGCCGCCGCGGGCGGGCGCUCUGGUCCGUGUUGCGGGGGCUCCAGUUUGCUUUGAUGGCAUCCUGAGGUGCAGGGUCCGGUCCUCGUGGCCUCACACGUCCUGUUUGGCAAUUUUCGGCACAUUGGUGCCUCCAGGAUACUUUCGGCAAUUUUCCAGCCCUGAUCAUCCCUAUUAAUCUCAGAAAACAGCAGCUGAUUGUGGCUGGCAGGGCCGAGAAAAGGAGAGCUGGCUCUGGGAAAGAGGGCCUGACGGGGGCUUUUUGUCUUUUUAGUGCCACCCUACACCAUCGUCUACUUCCCCGUCCGAGGGCGCUGCGAGGCCAUGCGCAUGCUGCUGGCCGACCAGGGCCAGAGCUGGAAGGAGGAGGUGGUCACCAAGGACACCUGGAUGCAGGGCUCCCUCAAGGCCUCCUGUCUGUACGGGCAGCUCCCCAAGUUCCAGGACGGAGACCUGACCCUGUACCAGUCCAACGCCAUCCUGCGCCACCUGGGCCGCUCCCUCGGGCUCUACGGCAAAGACCAGCGGGAGGCGGCGCUGGUGGACAUGGUGAACGACGGGGUGGAGGACCUGCGCAGUCUCUGCAGCCACCUCAUCCACCACAGCUACGAGGAGAGCAAGGCCCAGUACAUCGAGGAGCUGCCGGGGCGCCUGAAGCCUUUCGAGACCCUGCUCUCCCAGAACCGGGGCGGCCAGGCCUUCAUCGUGGGUGACCAGAUCUCCUUCGCCGACUACAACCUGCUGGACUUGCUGCUGAACCACCAGGUCCUGGCCCCCGGCUGCCUGGACUCCCUGCCCCUGCUCUCGGCCUACGUGGCUCGCCUCAGCGCCCGGCCCAAGCUCAAGGCCUUCCUGGACUCCCCCGAGCACGUGAACCGCCCCGUCUUUGGAACCCGAAAGACGACAUGAGCCUGCGUCGCACCCUCGGGAGAGGGGCUGCUCUUGGAAAGCAAUAAAUGCCGGGAGAGGGAA